CCCCACACCCACCACCACCAAUACCCCCACCCUCCCGAAUGAGCGACGCGGUGCGUAAAUCCUUUCCCCCUCUUUGGCACAGCCGUCUGCAGUCUGCCAGAGGAUAGCAGUCGUGCUCCCAGUGGAAGAUGGCGGUGGGGAUGCUGUCUGGGGCUGGAGCAGAGAGCUGGAUUUGCACAAAAAACGAACCCGGAUGGAUACAGGAAAUAAAAUGAACAUAUUCCUAUCUCUUCUCCUCGAAGUCUGGACUCUUUUGGAGUUGUUAAACUAGAGCUCAUUUUUUUCCGGUAGAAAUCCGGGCUUCUUGUCGGAGAUUCACAGACUAUACAUUGAUAGCUCGGCGCACAGACAGGGUGGACGAAAAGUGGACGAAAAUGUCGGAUACAAAGGUAAAAGUUGCAGUGAGAGUUCGGCCCAUGAACCGCAGGGAAAUUGAACUGAAUACAAAAUGUGUCGUGGAUAUGGAGGAUAACCAAACGGUUCUACACCCGCCACCUUCAAAUGCAAAAGGAGAGAACAGCAGGAAACAACCUAAGGUGUUUGCUUUUGACCACUGUUUUUGGUCCAUGGAUGAAUCCAACGUUCCCAAAUAUGCUGGUCAAGAGGUGGUGUUCAAGUGCCUUGGAGAGGGAAUACUUGAAAAUGCGUUCCAGGGAUAUAAUGCCUGCAUUUUUGCCUAUGGACAAACAGGUUCAGGCAAGUCCUUUUCCAUGAUGGGGAAUGGGGAGCAGCCGGGUUUAAUCCCUCGGCUCUGCUGCUCACUGUUUGAGAGGGUCCACAGGGAGGAGAAUGAGGCCCACACAUUUAAGGUGGAGGUGUCCUACAUGGAGAUCUACAAUGAGAAGGUCCGCGACCUGCUCGAUCCCAAAGGGAGUCGGCAGUCCCUGAAAGUUCGGGAACACAAAGUCCUGGGUCCAUAUGUGGAUGGUCUUUCUCAGCUCGCUGUGACCAGCUUUGAGGACAUCGAGGUGUUAAUGUCAGAGGGGAACAAGUCUCGCACAGUCGCAGCCACCAACAUGAAUGAGGAGAGCAGUCGAUCGCAUGCCGUCUUCAGUAUUAUUGUCACGCAAACGCUUUAUGACCUUCAGUCUGGGAAUUCAGGAGAGAAAGUGAGCAAGAUGAGUCUGGUUGACCUGGCAGGAAGUGAGCGAGUGUCCAAGACUGGAGCUGCUGGAGAACGACUUAAAGAGGGCAGCAACAUUAACAAGUCUCUCACCACGUUAGGCUGUGUGAUUUCUGCUCUGGCUGAUCAGUCUGCAGGAAAGGGGAAAGCCAAGUUUGUGCCAUACAGAGACUCAGUCCUCACCUGGCUACUGAAGGACAAUCUUGGCGGCAACAGCAAAACAGCCAUGAUAGCCACAGUGAGUCCGGCGGCUGAUAACUAUGAGGAGACUUUGUCCACGCUCCGUUAUGCUGACAGAGCCAAGAGAAUUGUCAACCACGCCGUGGUGAAUGAAGACCCCAAUGCUCGGAUCAUCAGGGAGCUCAGGGAGGAGGUGGAGAAGCUCAAAGUUCAGCUCUCUCAGGCUGAGUCUUUGAAGGCUCCUGAGCUGAAGGAGAAACUGCAUGAAUCUGAGAAGCUCAUUCAGGAAAUGACGGUCACCUGGGAGGAGAAACUGAGAAAGACAGAGGAGAUUGCCACUGAACGUCAGAAGCAGCUGGAGAGCAUGGGCAUCUCUCUGGAGACAUCAGGGAUUAAAGUGGGUGAAGACAAAUGUUACCUGGUCAAUCUGAAUGCUGAUCCUGCACUGAAUGAGCUAUUGGUCUACUACCUGAAGGAGCACACACGUGUGGGCGCUGACACGUCUCAGGACAUCCAACUGUUUGGGAUUGGUAUCCAGCCGGAGCACUGUGUCCUUGAGCUCUGCCCAGAUGGUGACGUCACCUUGAUGCCCCUGGGGAAUGCCAGGACCUGUGUGAACGGAACAAUGAUCGAUUCCUUGGUGCACCUGUGGCACGGAGACCGUAUCUUAUGGGGCAACAAUCACUUCUUCAGGAUUAAUCUGCCUAAACGAAAGCGGCGGGACCGUUUAAAGGAGCUGGAGAGAGCUUCUCCCAGAGAGAGCUUCAUUGAGGCAGAUGUGGAGACGGCCAGCGAGGCCUCCUCAGAGCAGGACUACAGCUACGAGUUCGCACAGAUGGAGGUCAUGAUGAAGACUCUGGGGAACAACGACCCCAUGCAGAAUGUGGUCCAGGUGCUGGAGAAGCAGUACCUGGAGGAGAAGCGCACGGCCCUGGAGGAACAGAGGAUCAUGUAUGAACGAGAGCUGGAGUCGCUACGGCAACAGCUGUCUCCCGAGAAAACACCGCAGCACCACCGCAGCAGCAGUGACCGCCUUACGUUCCCCACGACACACACACCGCACAGCAAGCUGCGACUGUGGACAGAGGAGAGGGAUGAGCUUUUUCGUCAUAGCCUUUCUCGACUCCGGGAGCAGGUCGUGAAAGCCAACACCUUGGUGCGAGAAGCCAACUUCUUGGCAGAAGAGAUGAACAAACUGACUGACUAUCAGGUCACCCUUCAGAUUCCUGCAGCCAACCUCAGCGCCAACCGCAAGCGUGGAGCGAUAGUGAGCGAGCCGGCCAUUCAGGUGCGGAGAAAAGGGAAGGGGACCCAGGUGUGGACCAUUGAGAAGCUGGAAAACAAACUGGUGGAUAUGAGAGACCACUACAGGGACUGGAAGGAAGGCACAGAGGAGACGUACAACAAAACAAGCAGUAAUUGCUCUGACCCUUUUUAUGAGGCACAAGAGAACCACAACCUAAUAGGAGUGGCCAACAUUUUUCUGGAGUGCCUUUUCCAUGAUGUCAAACUGCAGUAUGCUGUGCCCAUCAUCAGCCAACAGGGAGAGGUAGCAGGCAGGCUGCACGUCGAGCUGAUGCGAGUCAGUGGAGCCGUACCAGAGCGCCUGUGCGGAGGAGACGACUCUUCAGAGAACUCCAGUGAGAGCAGCUGCUAUGAGGUGAUGGACACCAACGGGGAGAUCGUCCACAUGGCCAAGAGGCUCACCUGCAGGGUCCGGAUCAGGGAGGCUACUGGUCUGCCGCUCAACCUGUCCAACUUUGUCUUCUGUCAGUACACCUUCUGGGAACACGGUGAGCCCACUGUGGCUCCUCCCAUGGUCAGCCCAGACAGGCCUACCCCUCGGAGUCCAGAUGCCCAGUUUACUGUCCAGUUUGAUCACUGCAAGGACUAUGUUGUGCAUGUGACAGAUGAGUUUUUGGAGUUUAUAUCAGAUGGAGCUUUGGCCAUAGAAGUGUGGGGUCACCGCUGUGCUGGGAACGGACGUUCACUCUGGGAGUUAGAUGCACUGGAGGCCAAAACCCAGACACUCCGCGACAGAUGGAAUGAGGUGUCUCGCAGGAUCGAGCUGUGGAUCUCCAUCCAGGAGCUGAAUGAACAGGGAGAGUACUCCUCUGUGGAGCUGCAUCCUGGAAAAGACAUCAACACAGGAGGAGUCUUCCAGCUCCGACAGGGUCACUCCAGGAGGCUGCAGGUGUGUGUGAAGCCGGUCCAAAACUCAGGCACUCUGCCUCUGCUGGUGGAGGCUGUGCUGUCUGUCUCCAUCGGCUGCGUGUCAGCUCGCUCCACCAAGCUACAGAGACCACUGGACAGCUACCAGAGAGAGUUGGAAGACGAUGUGGAUAGUUAUCAGGAGGAAGAUCUCAACUGUGUUCGAGCACGCUGGUCAGAGGCCCUGAUCAAACGUCGGGAGUACCUUGAUGAACAAAUCAAGAAAAUCAUCAACAAACACGAGAAGUCAGAGGAGGAUAUUGAGCGUGAGGCUCGGCUGGUGGAGCAGUGGGUUGGCCUGACUGAAGAGAGGAACGCAGUGCUGGUGCCUGCACCUGGCAGUGGCAUCCCUGGAGCUCCUGCAGACUGGACCCCAUCUGCUGGAAUGGAAGCUCACAUCCCUGUGCUCUUCCUGGAUUUAAAUGCGGAUAACCUGACAGUGAAUGAGCAGCUGACCGGCCCUCAUGCUGCAGGCGUUAACUCUAUCCUGCCCAAGGAGCAUGGAAGUCAAUUCUUCUAUCUGCCCAUCAUUAGACACAGUGAUGAGGAGGUGUCUGCAUUGUGCUCCUGGGACUCAUCCAUCCACGAUUCUGUGCACCUCAACCGCAUCACAUCUCCAAACGAACGCAUUUACCUGAUAGUCAAAGCCACAGUGCAGCUCAGCCACCCUGCCUCCAUGGAGCUGGUGCUCCGCAAGAGGAUCGCUGUCAACAUCUACAACAAACAGAGUUUCACUCAGAGUCUCAAGCGAAGAAUGUCCUUAAAGAACACGCUUUAUUCCUGUGGUGUGACCUAUGAGAUUGUUUCCAACAUACCAAAGGCCUCAGAAGAGCCAGAAGAAAGAGAAACCUUGGCCCUCAUGGCUGCUCGUGGAGACAGCGAGGAGACUCAGGAUGGAGAAACGUACAUAGAGAAAUACACACGGGGAGUUCUGGAAGUGGAGAACAUCCUCAGUCUGGAGAAGCUGCGACAGGCUGUGACAGUGAAGGAAGCACUCACUGCCAAGGGGAGACACCUCAGAAGGAGUGUCAGCACACCAAAUGUACAGCAUUCUUCAUGUAGUAAAACAGACCUGACUGGUUGUGAGGACGAAGAUUGUAAGGAUCACUGUGAUCACAUGGACAGCACCAUUUGCAAUCCCCAGGAGGGUUUAUUUUGCACCACACCCAUCAAAAGCAAGGAGAAUCAAGAGAACGCCACGUUUUUCAACUCCAGCCACUUCAAAGUCCUCUCACCUCAGCCACAUAAGUUCCUCAAGUCCCUGCUGCCAGUCAAAGAGGAGAACAAGGUGAAGAAAGCCCUGGAGGCUCGGCCGUUGCUGGGACAAGAGCUCCAUGCAUGCUGUGUGCGUGUGUGUGUGUGUGAAGUGUUUGCUGUUGUUCUGACCCAUCCGCAGAGCAUGCGCUCAUGUGUGGACAGCCCUGCACUGCUCCCCCCUCCCUGCCCCUGGCGCCGGCCCAGGGCAGGCAGCGAGGGCCACUGCAAGCCUUCCACCUCCACCUCCACCCCCACCUCCACCACUCCCACCAGCAGACAGCUCAGCCAUACACUGCCACACACUGCUCAGGACUCUGAGGACGAGGAGACGGAUGCCGAGACGCUUCUGAAUCUUGAUCUGGGCCCUCAGAACCACAGCAGCUUCCAGCCUUACAUUCCAGAGGACUUUGCAAACUUUGAGAUCUACAAUGCAACUCUGGAGAACCAGGAGAGGUUUCUGUCCUCUCGGUCUGACUUGAAGGGAAGCCAGUGUGGAGGUGGGACUGGAGAGAGGGAGGUGCCUCGAAGCCCCACGGCCAGCAGUUGCACGAGCGGCUACUUUUCACACAGUGCCUCCAACGCUACGCUGUCUGAUAUGCCUUUCAGUGCCAGUGAGAGCUCUGACCACCUCAAUUGCACCUCCAGAGACCCCCAUGACCCCCUCAGCUGUCCUACUGGAAGAGGCUGCACACAAAUCAAAAGUGUUUCUCUCUCAGCAGGUGGUGUUCAGGAUCUGCUCAGCCACACUGCCUCCUCACCUGUCAGCAUCACUAAUUGCACAGACAAGCAACAAACAUUGCCUCAAAACUGUGUUCUCAGUGCCAGCCAGGAGUUCACUGACUUUAAAGGGGCUGAUGACAGUAUUGGAGAGGCUGAUUUAGCACAUUUUACAGAGGGAUGGGAGCAGGAAGGUUUGAAGUUGUCCGCAAACCAGCAGAAGAAACCAGAUAAUACAGAAACAUGUGGCAAUCAACACUCCUCUGAUGUCUCUGAUAUUAUCAACACAUCCGUUCCUGAAAACACUUCAACUGCGAUAUGCAAAUCUACGAACAAUACAGGCUCUGUUAGCGUGGCCGUGCCCCCCAAUGCAACUGUUUGCACUUCAGUCAGAGUCCCAGUAUCUGUGUCUGACAAAGUCCCAGCUCCUUCUCCAGCAUCACCAUCCCCAGUCACACGUUUAUCUGCAGUCCCACCCUCUGCCCCAACUCUGCGAGCAGGAGGAGAACCUCCAAUCCAGGAGCCAGCCCAGGGAGAUCUGCCCCAUGGGAGUCCCUGUCCCAGUCCAAACCCCAGCAGCGCAGAGCCCUCAGGCGAUUCCAGUGGAGAUGAGAGUACCCCCGUGGCUCAGCUUCCUGACUGGAUGGCUCCCGGGGAGCAGGUGUGGGUGGGGAAGAGGAGAGGAACGGUCCACUAUGUCGGAGGGGUGGAGUUUGCUAAGGGGAUCUGGAUCGGUGUGAAGCUGGACAUGGCAGUGGGUAAGCACAACGGCACUGUCCAGGGCAGAGUGUACUUCCGCUGCCCUCCAGGCCACGGCGUGUUUGUGAAGCCAUCUCGUCUCACCAGAGGACCUCCCUCCAUGGACACAGAACCCCAGACUCUGAUCAGAUAGGACCCAAAGAAGGAACAGCUUUCUGAGGAACGGCGGGGACCCAAGCGUGGUCCUCAGAUCCAGUGCCUAUGGGUGAAUUGCAAGCUCACUUGUCCACUCAAGUCUCUGAGCUGAUGUAUUCUGCGAUGCGUUUCCUAAAGCAUAUCUGACCUGUGCAUUUCAUGAAGGUAUAUCCUAAUUACUGUCAACUGAAAAUUCACUAUGCACAUAUCUGAGUUUUCUACACGGUGAUAUAUUUUGAUAGAGAACUUUUAACUGGGAAUCCCUAUUGAAGUAUUUCCCCCAUACUUUUUCGUACAUUGGUUUCAUUAUAUAAAAUAUUUUUAUAAGACAAUAUAUCCUCCCCUGAGGCUCAUGGGAUAUGAAGAUUAAGAAUGUACUACUGUUAGUUAACAUUGAUAUUUACAUCAAUAUGAUAUGUCAGGGGUAACCAAAGAACUACGGUUCCAUAUCUGCUGUUAUGAGUAAUAUGUUGUUUUUCUAAUGUAUGUGGAGGUAAACAUUAUACAUAUAUGUGUGUGUCCAAGUAAAGCUUAGUGCCAUAUCUCUACGAGUAAUGCCACAUGCCCUGAACAGAGGACAAAUCUGCAAAACCUGAGUUGUUUGACCGCAGUUAACCUGUUAAAUUAUACUGUUGAAGUACUGUAACACUGUGGAGGAAGUAAUCCCCAUCCAGCAUGAGACUGUUGCUGUCUGAAUGCUUGCACUGGAAAGGAUUCUUGGAGAGUUCACUGACUCUUCCAUGUUGGACUGAUGAAAUAUGUUCUGACUGAAGUGACUGAGCGCGUCUUGACUUCAGUGUGGAGGACAAAGCAGCUAGGCUUUGUCCAAGGCCUGAAUAUGCUGAUGCCUUAAUACCCUGUUUCCAUAAAGGCAGGCACAUAGACCCCAGACUACUCAGUGAACUCCAUAAUAAGGUCACUGAGUUUUAAACUAACUAACUAACUGUAUGGACCUGAAACCUGUGUAUGUGUAUCAUGAUGCCCAGAGGCAUUCAAAAUGCCAUCCAGCCUCGCUGACUGAUAGAAUACCUUUUUAACUGCAAUUUAUAAGUUAACUGACUGAUAUAUAACACUACAUGUUAAAAGGUACUCAAUAAUGCAUUUUUUUUCACGUGGAGGAUUGGAUGAAUGGGUGACAGAGUGUAUCAGGUUACACAAGGUGGUGCAAAAGUAGUUUAGUUACAGAGAAGAGUUGUCCUAUGAACUUAUAUUUUUAUGGAGGUGGUGAAUUGUGGAACUGACUAGAAAUAGUUUAUAUAUCCCAGCUGUAAUUUCAAGUAAAUGAAACAAACCCAAGACCUUUAAAGAAGAGAACAAAGCUGCUCUCCCUCAUAAGGAGUUGUAAAUAGAAAUGUAUUUGAACAUAGUAUUUACACUAUUAUAAUGUACAGAAUUGUAUUUAUAAUGUAUCUCAAACUGUUAAUUGGUACAAAAUGUUCUAGAAUAGAACAUUUACAAUCAGAACGCUGUCUCGACUCUUCAUUUGGCACAUUCAAGCUGACUUUGUUGCACGUUGUCUAAUAUUUUAUGUGUACAUAAUAUACAUUCAUUCUCUUUUAAGAAGGAGUCCUCAGCAGUCCUCACAGAAUACUAUUCCAUGAGUCAAGAUUUGCUGUGCAUUAAACUGGAACAUCUAUGAAAAAUAUUUUCAAUAAUUCAUUCAUGCAAGGAUAUUGAUUCACUAUGCUAAAGUUUUCUAAAAUGCCCUUUUUUCCUUACCUUAAUAAUAAGUGCAUAUCCAAAGUGUAUAGACUGAGGGAGUGGGUCUGCAGUGGAUUCAGCUGUGACUGAAACUAACCUUGAGUUAUAACUUUAAGGAUCAUGUUUUGUAAUAAAGUGAGCACCCAAGUGUUGCGUUCCCUCAGUGAAGCACUGUACGCAGCAUAAAC